GCAGAUUCGUCAAUCGAUUGGCAAAUUUGCAAAUGGCAAGCGGCAAAUGAAAAAAAAAAUGUAAUAGUUUAUCCAUUGGGUAACCCGAGGAAAACGGGACAUGGUUCAUUUGUAGCGUCUUUUGUCCGGAAACAAUCGGUAGUUGGUUGUUGAGUCUCGACCCAUUCCAUCGUCAUUUAUACAGAAUAUACCAUACAACUUACUAUUUUGCUGACUUGUUUGGAAAAACCACCUACUUUACUUGUUUGAUCGAGAAUAAUCAACUGCUUGGCUUGGCUUCACAGCGCCACCAAAUCAAAACGGUCCAGCUUGGCGUAUCCCACCUGUUUUUCACACAGCGGCCGAGACAAUCCAAAUCAAUCACCUCCCUCACUCACCUUUGAACCUACAUUAUCUUCCGCAAUGGGAUCCCCAACCAUCACCCCAGGGCAGACGACCCCUUCAUCCUAUCCCGAGUCGAGGGUGCUUAUCAUCAUCACAGGCGGCACGAUAUGCAUGCAACCUUCAGAUGAUGGCUUGGUUCCUGUUGACAGCUUUGUGGAGCGCGCCAUGGCGCCUCUGCCUUCGUUCAACGACGCGUCUCCUGGAACGGAGCUCCAUGCGUACCACCAUGGCAAGGAGCUACUUCUGCCAAGUCUGAGGACGCCACCAAGCUCCUAUUCAAGGCACAUCAGAUACUGCGCGCUCGAGUUCUCCCCUCUGCUGGACUCCAGCUCCAUCUCAUCUGCGGGCUGGGCCGAGAUUGCCCAGACCGUCAAGGAAAACUACCACCUGUUUGAUGGUUUCGUCGUGCUUCACGGCACCGACUCGCUGGCAUACUCGGCCUCAGCUCUUUCAUUUAUGAUGGCAGACCUGGGAAAGUCUGUCAUCCUCACCGGCUCCCAGGCAUCCAUCUUUGCCCUGCAGACAGACGCCGUGGAUAACCUGCUGGGAUCCCUGAUCAUCGCGGGGACCUUUGUCGUGCCCGAGGUCUGUCUGUUCUUCCAUCACGCCCUGUACCGUGGUAACAGGACGACAAAGGUCUCGGCCUCGGCGUUUGCGGCCUUUGACAGCCCCAACUGCCCGCCCCUGGCCAAGGUGACCAGCCUCGGUGUCGACGUCAACUGGCAGCUCGUGCGCCGACCUACGAGGAUCGCCGGGUUCCAGGUGACGACCUACCUCGACACUGCCCACGUGGCGUGCUUGAGGAUAUUCCCCGGCAUCAAGCCAGAGAUGCUCGACUCCGUCCUGAGGGUCCCGGGGCUCAAGGGCCUGAUUCUCGAGACAUUCGGCAUGGGUAACGCCCCCUCUGGCGUCGACGGCAGCCUGACCAAGGUCAUCCGUGCGGCCGUGGAAAGGGAGAUUGUGAUAGUCAACGUCAGCCAGUGCACCAACGGCUUUGUCUCGCCGCUGUACGCACCCGGCACCGCGCUAGGAAGGGCCGGUGUCGUGUUUGGUCAAGACCUGACCACCGAGGGUGCCUUGACCAAGCUGUCCUACCUCUUGGCCAUCGAAGGGCUCUCUUACGCCGACAUCACAUCCAGGAUGGCUCAGUCGCUCCGCGGCGAGAUGACCGAAACGUCGGUACCCUCCUUCUCCCACCCGGCCGGCAGCGUGGACUACGGUGGCGUGGCGAGCGGAAACCUGACGGCGGUCGAGACGCGGUUCACGGAGCUCGGGUACGCCAUCCGCAACGGGGACCUCGAGGCGGUGCGGCGCAUGCUUCAGGGCGACGAGCACAGCACGCACCCGCUGCUCAAGACGUCGGACUACGCGGGGAAUACGGCGGUGCAUCUGGCAGCCGUGGGGCCCAAGGCCGAGGUCCUCAGGGAGGUACUCACCAGGGGAGGCAGCGUCCAUCUCAGAAACAGGGGCAACAACACGGCGCUGUUCCUGGCCGAGAAGAUGGGAAACGAGGAGUGCGUCAAGCUCCUCCGCGAGGCUGGUGCACACUUGUGGGAGACGGAACGACUCCACCAGCACAAACAGCAGACGGAGACUGGAGAGGACGAGCAGCCGCGGAAGAGGGCACACGUCGCGUCAUGAGCUGGGCGCGAGAGCGUUAGGCGUGUCGUUUUCUGAUUUGUGGCAUGGUUCGUGGCAUGUUACUUUGUGUUGGAGCCCCAUUGAUAGGGCCGGUUACUGCUUUUCACUCACGGGGUGGUUGCAUAUUAGAAUGGCGUUAUUACUUUUUUCUUCUUUUUUUUGGGUUUGUUUCGAGGCGUUCUUGGUUUACCCAAAAAAAAACUCUCAUUGAGUGCGAUUGAAUUGAAUCGGGAAAUAACCAUAUUUUUUGACAAGCUGUCAGGGGCCGCACAUAAGGGCCUCGAGGAGGGGUGGUCACUCGGGUCACUCGGAGGGCCGCAUGCACAAGAACCAAGUCCUAGGCGCCUUGAGGUUAUCUCUGCCUCUCCCCCGCCCCUCAAUUUGCAUGUCACAAAAAUGAGCCUUUUUCGACAUUCUCAUUCGAUCUCUGACAAAAAAACGUGUAUGCGUCACACAAGGCUCGCCUGGAUCGUUGGGUCUGGGACGACCCAUAAGUCUGGGGCUACCACAGGUCCUGAAGAUUGGCCAACGGCUACCACCUUUUUUAUAUGCACAGCCCCGAAAAGCCUGACUGACAGCCUCGGAUCUCCCAAAGUCGGAAAUCAUCUCUCUUGGCAACACAACCCCUCAUGCGGAACCCCAAGACACAGCAUUAUGAAUGGUCUUCGGUCGGUUCCAGGUUAAGAACUAUCUAUGUAAAGAGGCUUGGCGGCACACUUUUACUUCUAUUGUAUGAGGCUCAUGUAUAGAAAAGGGCCAUAAUUGGCACAUGUUUGUUUUUCUACUCUGUUAGAUGGGGGGAAAAAAGAACAAAGACCCAAACCAGCAUGCUUGUGACGAAACUGGCCACCGCAAUAUCUAGUGUGCUUCGGAGAGCCCCGAUUAGGUAAAAAGACAGAGCGGAUCAAGUCCCAGAAAGGGGACAGGACAAGUGUCAACAAACCGAAAAGAGUGGACAAGGUCGCGAUUGAUGGCAUCAAAUAUGGGCGCUUUGUGGGAAUAAAGGACAUUUGCAUGGAGUAAAUCGACAAGAGUGACAAAGUGGCCAACUGCGCCACGUUUACGCGCCUUGUAAGGCCAAAAACUCGUACCUCUCUGUGGUGGAUCUCGACAGAGUAGGUAUAGGGGACCAAGUUUUGGCAUAUCUACCG